AUGCAGCAGCCGCCGCCGCGGCACUCCAAAGCCGCCUCUGCCCAGCUGCCCUCCUCCAUCCUCUACCGCAGCCCCGACGGCGCCACUGUCGUCCUUGAUAUUCCCAGAUCGCUCGAGGAGAGCCAGGUACGCCUUGGCGAAGAGCACGAUGCCCGAUGCCGGAUAUAUUCCUCUGCAGCCCCGGUCACACCGUUUGCGACGCCCGAGCCAGUCCAUGGUGUUGAUCCCGACGCCACUGCCUCGCCCGCGGCGCAAAUUGACGCCUUGAUGACGGCAGAGAGCCUGCGAAGCACACUCGAUGCUCUAUCACGAAGUUACACAGGAGAAUACGGCCUGCCACGGCUCACAGCCCCGGAAAUUUCUUCACCGUCAACGUCGUCGUCGUCGGCGUCGUCACAGGCUGCCGACUCUGAACUGUACAUACCGCCAGACGCCCAUCAUCUCCAUGGCUCCAUCUACCACUUGAAGCCGUCCUUUACACAACUCGCGCCCAAAUUUCGACUCAUCAUCAUGGACCCUCCCUGGCCAAACCGCUCCGUCCGGCGCACGACGGCCCGCUACAAGACGGCCCGCUCGCUCUCCGACGUGCAGUCGCUGCUCCGCGCCGUUCCCGUCCCCGCGCAUCUCGCCGACGAUGGGCUGGUCGCCGUCUGGAUGACCAACAAGCCCCGCAUCGCAGAGCUGCUCCGCGGCGUGCUGGCCGAAUGGGGCCUGCACGUCGCGGCCGAGUGGACAUGGCUCAAGGUCACGGCCGACGGGCGACCGCUGUACCCGCUCGACUCGGCCUGGCGCAAGCCGUGGGAGCGGCUGCUCGUGGCCAAGCGCAUCGGACGCGCCGCCCCGGACGGCUUGGCGCCUAAGACCAUCGUCGCCGUGCCCGACGUGCACUCGCGCAAGCCCAGCCUUCGCGGCCUUUUUGGGGACCUGCUCGGCUUGGACUACGUCGGCCUCGAGGUCUUUGCCCGUGGUCUCACGGCGGGUUGGUGGAGCUGGGGCGACGAGGUGCUCAAGUUUCAGCAACCACAACACUGGCAUACAUUGCAAAAUCAGUAG